GCGCGCAUGCUGGUUUACCAUUAUUUUCGCGCGCUCCAGCCUCCAUCUCUACUCACAACUUCACUGAGGAAAACUGACAGUGUGUGAAUGUAUGAUGGCACCACGUCAGGACCCACAGUUGGAGAAGCUGGUUGAUGAGGUGCUGAAGAACAGCAAUUUUCAGCCAUUGGAUGACUUCUUGCAAGAUGAUGUCGAGGGGACAACUUUGAAAUGUUCCAAACAAUUCCUCGCCAAAUUGGACAAACUUGUUAGUAGGGAAUUAGAUCACAGAAAUGUCAAGCAUGCUUGUUUGGGACUUGCCAUCCUGCACAAAUUUGGGAAAAAUCUGGCUUUACCUGGAGGCCAAGGCUUAUCUUGGAUGGUACUCCAAGGUCUUGUCAAAAAGAUGGUGCAGUGGUUUGAGAAAGCAAGGCUGUUGUGGAUCGAGGCAUGCACACAGAGGAAUGAGACCUUGCUAAACCUCGCUGAAGACUUAUUUGACUCUGUAAUGGUUGUUCAUGAAUCAAGUCAAGAGGGAACAUAUCAGGUCACUGAAUGCUUUCUACAUCUCAUUGGCCAGCUGGCUGCAGACCCAAGAGUCCACAUAAUGAUCCAGAAAGAGGCUAUUCGGAAACUGAACAUCAUUCUGGAUAAGAUCCCCGCGGAGCUCAAGAAGGAGAAGAAGAUCUUAUCGUCUCAAGAGGCCUCAGAUGUCAUGAACAACCUGGCCAGUCGAAUUGUAGAGGGUGGAGAUUAUGACCUGCAGAUAGCCUUGAUGGAGGCCCUGUGCAGGAUGACCACCCGUGCACAGCGGAAGGAGCUGGCUGACCACUGGUUCUCCAUGGAGUUUGUUGCCAGCACCUUCAGCAAAAUUCAGGACUCUGAGUUUGAGACGGACUGCCGCAGGUUUCUAAACCUGGUGAAUGGGAUGCAGGGAGAUGGGAGAAGAGUGUUCUCCUACCCUUGUCUGGAGGUGUUUCUGGACAAACAUGAGUUGCUGAUGCCCGCAGAUGAGAAACUGGAGGAGUUCUGGAUCGACUUCAACCUGGGAAGUCAGAGCGUCUCCUUCUACUUCUCUCUCCCCGAUGAGGAUGCACAGGAAGGUCAGUGGGACACAGCCUGCAUCCCUGAGAAUGAAGUCCACAGUUACACAGUCACAGAGGAGGGUAGGAGGAGGGUGCUGAAGCUGAAGCUGUUGGAGCCACUGUGUGUGAGCGGGGUGGAGGGCUCCCACCUCACCAUCCACUUCAGCUCCUCCCUGGACAUCCUGCAGGCAGCCAGGAGCGUCUACGGACACAAGAACAAAUCGUUUGUGGGCAAGAGCAGAUCCUCUGUCGUGAAGACCACAGUCAAGAUUGUUAUGGAUGACAACUGCUCCCAGGCUCUUGUUCCCGAGAGUCAGAUGUCCCCCGAUGCUGACGUGGAGAGAGAGAGGGACCGUGUCCCCUGUCUGCUACCCCCUCGUCCCGCUGGGCCUUUACAGAUGGUGACUCCAGCCAAGAGGAGGGUGUCAGAGUCCAGCACAUUCAUCACCAGCAGCGGAGGAGGGAGGGGGACAGGAGCCAGCCCCUUUAGCAUUGUUAUGGCAGCAUCCACUCCCUGGGGCAGCAGGCCCAAAGUGAAGCCGGCUAUGGAGCUGGUCAGGUCGUGUGAGAGGCAAGGCCAGUCGGGCCUGGGGGAGCUGAGGACGGCCAAACCCUGCUACAAUGCCGCCCCUGGCAUUACACUGAGCGACAGCAGGAGGGAGCAGAUGGAUGCUCCAUCGCAGAGCAAAGCUACCAAGCAGGACACCAGAGCUGGACCUGUGGCAGAGAAAUACCGCAGGCACAUCCCAGUGGACAAAGUGGUGGAGAUGGUCCAAACUGACCAGGCGGAGGAAGAGGAGCUUCUUGACAGCAGUAUUGUCCCUGACUCCCAGCCUACCAUGAAAACAGAGAGAACUAUAUUCUCCCACUGGAGGAAAGUGUCUGUGUCUGAGAUGCUGCUGCCGGUACAGAGAGGCUUCCAGAAGGCACUGCCCAAACCAGAACCUGAGAACGUAGAGCAACAGGAGCAUCCGUCGUCUGCCCAGAGAGGUUCUGGGUUGGUCCCUGGGUCAGCAGUCGGCCACAAGCAGCUCCACACCCAGCUCACCCAGCGCCUGGAGGAGGUCCUCCGCAAGAGGGACCGGGGUACUGGGCCCGAGGAGCGAGCUGGAGCCCAGAUCAGAAUGCCUGAGGAGCGAGGUGUGGCCCAGGACCGAGGGUCCCGAGAGCAAGCUGGAGCCCAGGGAAGAAGAGGGCCUGAAGAGCGAGAUGCAGCCCAGGGAGGAAGAGGGCCUGAGGAGCGAGAUGGAGCCCAGGGAAGAAGAGGGCCUGAGGAGCAAGGUGGAGACCAGGGAGGAAGAGGGCCUGAGGAGCGAGGUGGAGCCCAGGGAGGAAGAGGGCCUGAGGAGCGAGGUGAGCCCACUGGGAGAGGUUCCAAAGAGUUACUGCAGGAUGCAGGAAGGCCUGGUCAGACCAAGGGGAAAUCUAAGAGCCAGAAGUCUCAGGAAGCUGAAGCCACCCCAGGAAAAGCCCCAGUCAAACCCACCCCAGCUAAAGACAUACAGGAGAGGGCAACACCCAACCCCAAGGUUAAGGCCACCGGGUCAAACUCUAGUAAAGACAAGAGAGAGGAGGAGGUGACAGGCUCCAUGAUGAAGUUCAUCUCCAGCCACUACGAGAAAAGCACAUCCACCACCACUAAAUCCCCUGUAGAGUCUGUCCCUCGCUGGCCCCUUCCACCCACCAACAGGUACUGCAGCAACAGAUCUGUUUUUGAGAAGAGUUGGUUGCCGCCGUCGAUGGUGGGAACGGCAAAGGCCCCGGGAUAUAUGAAGUCCUACACUAACUCCAAGAAGCCCUCUGCACAUCAACAAGGAGAGGACGUCUUUGCAUUUAAAGCGGACACACCUAUUACCACUGGGGGGAAGGGGAAAACGUCCUUGGACACCUCUGACAUUGAUAGCAGUACUAUCCAGAACUCUUGGGUAAUCCCCAGCACUGCCAAGAAGGGCCCAGCCGUCAAGGUGGCGGCUCCACGGUGCCACGUGAAGAAGCACCUGUUCAGCGACACAGACACAGACGCCAUGAUGGAGAUCAGCUGGCUCAAAGAGUCCAGCAGGAAGCCUAAGCCCAAAGUGAUCGACUACAGCCGUCAGCCCCGGCUCCACAACCCUGCCCCCGACACCACAUAUGAGUCCCCAGACUUACCACCUAGCUCGCCCAAACAUGUGAAGGAGAAAGCCAAGCCAAAGAAGAAGAGACAGAGGGUAAAGGAGAGAAGUGCAGAGCAGAAAGAGAACAGCGGAGCGGCACUGGUGGCGGCAGGGACCAGUCAAGCAGCCAGGAGGCCCCAGAGAGCCGCUGCCACCAACGCCAAGAGCUACAGGGAGCCUGACAGCGCCAGCCAAUCAGAGACUGAAGAGACGCCCACUUCUAAGAAGCGCUCCAUCGGAUCAGCGGAAAAGAGCGAGAAGGUUUGUCAAGAGGCUGUCGGGGUGAAGAAGAAAAAGACGACCGCCUCGGCCAAGGAACAGACGAGACCGAAAGAGUCUUCUUGGACUGCCCGGCUCGCCUCUUUCAUUCCUUCCCCUCCUGCCAUUGAAAGGAUACGAGCUGCAUCAGAGAGGUCGCUGGUAGCCUUACCCCGGUCGCCCCUCACCCCGCUGGGCUCCCUGUCCGCCUCCCCUGCCAGCGGCCCCUCUUCACCCCUUGCCCUGGCCCUGGACCUGCCCCCUGAACACCCUCGCAGCAGCACGGGCUUCCAGCCCUCCUCCUUCUACAGCGCCCCUGGGAGGAAGAGCGACCGCAAAGCUAAGGCUCCCUCUCUCCCAUCCCUCCCCUCUCUCCCAUCCCUUACUCCCACUGGCAAGACUCCUGGCCUCCGCGCCCAGAGACCCAGUGCCUUAGAGCUGAGUCCAAUCCAGCCCGCUCUCUCCCUGGCCCAGUGUCCCCUCCUCUCCCCUCCCUCCCAGCCCCUCUUGACCUCCACGGCCCUGCAGAUGUCAACGCUGCCCUCCCCUCUCCUCCAGUCACAGCCCUCUCCAGGAGAGACGGAUCAAUUCGCCCUCCAUUUUGGCUCCCCGGGCCAGCUGGGUCUGCCCGAGUCCUUCGCCAAGGAGUCGCUGGUCUCCAGAGUGAAGCUGAGCCAGUCCUCGUCCAGGUCAGAGAUGUCAUCGACCCGAGUGGAGGUGGUCAACCCGGCAGCCCUGACAACCGCACUGGAGAAAACUCCAUACUCUGAGCGAGGGCACAAGCUGGACCAACGUAGCUUUCACCUGUCAGGCCCCUGCUCCGGGCGCAAGCGCCACAACUCCCGCCCCUCGCCCAGUAACUCGGAGGAGGAGGAGGGAAAGAGGGGCACACGAAGAGGGGGGCAGGCGGUCAAGAUGAGGCCCAGGAAACUGUUUAAACCCACAACCAAGCCCAACCUCCACGCUCAGGCCCAGGCAUGGGAGGAACAGAGCAGCUCUGACGAAGAGGAGGAAGAGGAGAAGAAAGGACGAGGAACAAAGGACAGGGCCUCGCGGGCAAUCACGAAAAGAUAUCAUCACAUCCAGAGCAGCAAGAGCGCUCGUGACACAGUCAUGGACGUUUCUCCGGAGGGGGACCUGAGUCGGGUGGUGUCGUCCCACAUGGUGACGUCGUCCAGCUGGGAGGCCGACGUGGACAUGGAGGCCGAGGUGGAGGGGGAGCUGGGUCGCCCCCCUCACGACAUGGGCAACGUGUGUCGCCAGUUCAGCUCCGAGCUCCAGAGGAAAAUCCAGAAUCGUUCCAGGCGUAUGGAGCUGUACACCAAGCAGUCUCUGAAGACCGUCCAGCAGCACGUCUCUUCCAUCAGCGUGCAAGUUCACAACUACAGGUCUCAGAAGCUGGAACAGGUCAAGGGCGUUCUGCUGAAUGAGAUCAACAACUUGGAGGAGGACGAAUCCACUCUAAAGAACAUGGAGAAGGAACUGACUACAUACUGGAGGAAGCAGUCUGUGGCUUUCCACUCCUACCAGGAGAAAGAGACUAGAAGACUGCAGAGCCUCAAGAGCACCUUCCAAACCGAUGUGUGUCACAGCUUGGAGUACGAGGAGAGGAUCUUCACCUCUCAGAUGUGCCUGAUGAGGAAAGACAUGAAGUCAGUUCAGGACAGACUCUUUAAGGAAAUGCAAGACGAGGAGAUACUGAGUGUGAGGAGAGGACUUCAGGCUCUUUUCCUGCCAGAGGGACCAAGUUUUUAAACCCAAAUCAAGUACCUCUGCACAUUUAUAAGAUAUGUUUGUGUUCCGUGAAGUUUGCCCGUCAUUCUACGUUUACGGCAAUCAAAUGUAAUAUAUUGAGCAUAAGUUAAAGAAAUAUACAUGCCUUAUUUAAAAAUGAUCAAAUUUAUAUUAACAUAUUUAUUUAUUUAUUAUUGCAGUGAUGUUUGACACUGUUAAUAGCUUUUAUGGUUUUAACUGUCUCUCCAUAAGAGUAGUAUUUUCAAUAUAAAUAAUGCAUUUCUGUGAAAAUUGUUCAAAUGGCAUUUUAUCUGUACAAGGUUGCCUGCUAUUUGUUUGCUGUUAAGGUUGCCUAAGUUUAUUAAACUUUUUAAAACAUUUAUUUAAAAAAAGUGUAUUUGAUCAUCCUUGAGACGUUUCUACAACUU